AGAUUUCACGAUGAAGGUCAUCGUGAAAACGAUGGCUGGAUUGCAGACUGAAAUGGAGUUUGAACCCACUAACACUCUCGCCGAUUUGAAGACAAAGAUCGAGGGUCAGAUGUCAUCGCUCGGAGGCCCAGUGAACAAGAUCAUCCACAUGGGUCGAGUGCUAGAGGAUGGAAAGCCAAUCAGUGAGUAUGGUGUAGCUGACGGCAAUACAUUCGUGAUCAUGGUUAGCAAGAAGAAACCUGCACAAGAGCCACAACCCUCCUCUGAACCAGCCCCAUCUGCUGCUCCGAAACCCUCGACACCAGCGACUGAGGCCCCCCCUGCUGCCCCUGCGGUUCAGCCCUCACAACCAGCUCCGCCGUCCACUCCUGCGCAAUCUGCUCCAUCGACUGCCCCGGCUUCGACUACAUCCUAUGAUGCUUCAGCCUCCGCGUUGCUAACUGGCGAAAGUUUGGAGGCAACUGUGAUGCAGAUUAUGGAGAUGGGCUUUGAGAGAGAGCAGGUUAUGAAAGCACUGAGAGCAGCCUUCAACAAUCCCGAUAGAGCGGUCGAAUACCUUAUGACGGGCAUCCCAGAGGGAGCAGACACUGCUGCUCCUCCCCAGGGCGGUGGUCAAGGUGGAGGUCAAGGCGCUGGGGGGAGUGGAAGUGGUGGAGGAGUCUCGAUCGACCCUGAAGUUCUGUCAUCACUACAAUCGCAGAUGCAACAGCAUUCAGAAAGCGGGGGAACUGGUGGACCCUUGGACUUCCUUAGAAGCGAUCCUCAAUUUGCUAUGUUGCGUGGCAUCAUUCAAGCAAGACCGCAAUUCCUUCAACCCUUGCUCGAACAGAUCGGACAGCAGCACCCUGAGGUAUUGCGGGCAAUCCAAGAGAAUCAGGAUGAGUUUGUGAGGCUGAUCAAUGAGCCUGUUGAUCAGACGCAGUUCAGCCAGGCCAUGCAGGCAUUGGAAGGCCGAGGCGAAGACGAAGAGGGAGCAGUACAGAUCCAGUUAACUCAGGAGGAGGGUGAGGCACUUGCCCGCCUUGAGGCCUUGGGCUUCAAUCGGCAGCUUGCUCUGGAGGCUUAUCUGGCAUGUGACAAGAACGAGGAAAUGGCUGCGAACUAUCUGUUUGAGAACGGCAUGGAUGAAGGAGGCGAUGGACCAUGAAGCUUUGACUUUGAUUGUAGAGUCUGGUACAUGCGAAUGAAUAAAGUGUGGGAGUCUCGUGC